AUGGAGACCGCAGAACUGCUCGCUGCUGACCUCCAGCUUUGGUGGGAUGGAGAUGUGCUGUGGGUGCACCGAGACGCCUGUGAAGGUAGCGACGUGUUGGAUGCCACCGCGUCAGGUCUGAUGGCUGUUUGGCGGUUUGCCAAAUUCAGCGAGUCCCGAUGGCUCACCCUGGGCACCAGUUCCAGAACCCUCGUUGCGAGUCUGUUCACAGGCAUUGAAGGUUUGGUGCGUUUCAUAGAUAAUGAUCCCGAUGCCAGCAAGUUCUACUUGAGAGGCUUCGGCCGACUGAAGGAUUCCAGGAAAGAGUUUCUGGUCAUAUCUGCCAUCGUGGGGAGAGUUGCGGAGUCCUUCCAGGUCCAACUGAUGAAGGACAGCCGGGUUGCCAGGAUCCACGAUGACCUAUGGGAAGCUGCCGCGAAGGAGGUCAAGUGGAUUGUAGAUAUCUCCGCGCGCACUUUCUCGCUGUUAGGCUCGUUGUGUGGCCAGAGCAGGGCUCGAAUCGCCGACUCUUGCAUUGCCUCCGCCCACGUGUGCUUCCACUUCCUCUGGAGGCGGAUCCUGUGCAAUGCGGCGGAGUUGCCUUGGCGGCUAGUCCGCGGCGACGUCGCUGAGAACUUGAGGGAGUUGGCCGCGGGGAGCCCCCCAGAGGAGCCGGUGAGCAACCAGCUCUGGCAGCUCAUGCACCGCGGCCACAACCUUGACCAGUUGGUCGCCACUGUCGAUCUCUUAGGGGAGGCAGGGUGGACGAGCUUGCCGGCAGAACAACAGCACGCGAGCUUGGCGAUGCUCCAUAAGUGGCAUCCAGAAUACGGCCCCGACACCCUCAUUUCUCGCGCCCUCCUGCUGCAGAUGACGAGAUUGCUGCCUGCUGCCACCAAGUUGGACAGGGAGAAAGAGAAAGUCUUGCGGCGUAUGGACGCCAUCAUGAGGGCAGAGCCAGAUAGGUGUUCUGGGAAGAACAUGAUGGUCAAAUGCAUUUUUGCCAUUUCCAAGCAAAAAAAAGACGACGGCGUUCCAGGCUAUGAGGCGUCAAUGAAAAAACUUGCUCAGAAUUGUUUCACUCGGCAGUCGGUUAUGUGGGCUGGUCUGUCCAUGCGCUCGCAGAUUGAAUGGGGGCAUCGAGCUGCCCAGCACAUCAAUGAUCGCAAGAAUCUCAUGUCUGAAGAGUGGGAAAACUUGUCAAUCCAGCUGAACGCCAUAGACUUCGCCAUGGAGCUUCGCGAGCGCAGGGGCGCCCCCCUGACCAUGUCUUCCGCUGCCCUCGACGAUGCCGACCUGGAAACGUUCGCCCGGCUAUGGGGACAAGAGGCGUUCCGGGACCCUGUGAACAUCAAGACGAGGAGGGCCACGGUGGGUUUGGCCCCGCUCCCUGUUGCCCUGUUCACAGGGAUGCCAGCCGUUUGGCAGCGGAAGGACCCGAUCAUGCCAGAGUGGGCUGGGCCACUUAUUCGCCACCGCAGUCUGCUUCAGGGCGCGGCGCUCGUCAUUCACCGGGACAACGGCCAGGUCGAGUUCUGGAAGAUGGUCUUCAUGGUGAAAUCCCCAUCGUACUAUUUAGCGACGUGCAGGUUGCAUCUGGCUGGCGAAUACAUGCCAUGCACAGCCCUCCAGGAGCCUCGCAGUACCACGUACAGUUUCCAUUCGGUUGGAAAAGGACUUGCGCUAUACCACUGCAAAACAGUGGGUUGGUGGGAUUACGCGGACUUCACCACUGCCGCGGACAUUUCGGUGGGCGCGGCAGACCGUCUUAGCAUUCUGUUUCGUCUCAAGCACAAUGGCGGGACCCACGUGUCAUCGGAAAUGACCCCGAUGGAUUUGUCUUGGGUUCUGGCGGGUCAAGCACACGACAUCCCGCGGGGCGAUGGCGACAAGGAUGGCGCCAAGAAGAAAAAGUCGGCGAAAGAGUUUGACGAACUGGUGAGCACAAUGCCGUGGCUUCAGCACCUUGACGCGACGCAGGGCUUCGACACAGGGUCGGACGCCUUGUCCACUAUUUCUAGACAGAGCGCCAGGGACAGCGACUGCCACGGCGGCGCGGCUUUAGAGGUGGACGAGGAGACCAUGAUCCAACAGCUCGCGGAGCUGGAGAAAGCACGCCUGGCGGCAGCGCAGGAGAAUCUAGCGGCCGGCUGUGGGGACUUUGUCUCCAGGGUCCGCGGCGGGGAGUCCCAAGUCCGGAAGGACGGCCAGGGCGUCCAUGCCAUGCAAGGCCAGACCGCAAAUGCUUUCGCGCAUGCGUGGGCGAAGCGUCGCGAUUUGCAAGUCACGUUCAAGGCGACGUUUUUAGAGCACGGGGUUUCCGAAAGCAAGGUGUUGUGCAGGGCGUGGUGCCACAGGAUGCAGCACUUCUAUUCUUUAGAAGUGGCGUCCGGGAUGGGCCAGGCGUUUGAGUACACUCAGGCUCAUGUCGAUGCCUAUGUCGAACCGGUGGAGUUUACGGCGCUCGCGAAGGAUGCAUCCAUACCUUCUUGGCAGGGCCGCAUUGAUGUCAUUCUCGGUAUCCCAUGGGGCAAGGCACGUGCCGCUCCAGAUGGAGCAUAA